CAUCUCUCCGCUAAUUGUUUCUAUCAGAAAUUGGCCAAGAAAUUUUGGUUUUCUGUCACCUUCUUGAUCAGAAAGCAAGCGUUUGUUCUAAUGGAGACUCCAUCAUCAACCAGAAGAGUAACCAGAUCGCAGACCAAGGCUGCGGCCGCCGCUUCUGCCACCACCAUCAACAACAUCCCCAUUUCAAAGAGAUUUGAAGAAUCUGAGAAGAAUGCCAAGCAGGGGAAUGGGAAGCAGAAAGAGAGGUCAGCCCUUAUUGACAUCACCAAUGAUUCACCCAUCAUAGGGCUGGCAAUGGUGACACCAUCAUCAACCAUGUCCAAGAAGAAGAGGGUGAUCAUUGGGCAGAUAACUCCUGGGUCAGGGGAGGCACUGUUGAGGGGACAAGUCAAGAACUUGUUGCAGAAGGUUGAAGAAGAGGCUGAUGAUCUCUGUAAAGUCUCAUUGGACCUCAACAGGCCUCUCCUUCAUCUUCAAGGCUUUGUUAACUCUCCCUUGCGCCUUCUUGCCCCAACUCCUGCAAAUACCCCUCAUCUCAACCCCUCUGAAAAUGGCCUGCCUUCAGUAACCCCUUCCCCAGUUGAAGAAAAAAUCAUCAUCUCUCAGAUGAUUAUUGGGAAGAAAGAAUCUGAAACUGAGGAGAGUAAUGUGACAAGGUCACUCCUGCUGGAUUUUUCUGAGAAAUCAGAGGGUACAGAUGAUGUUUCAUCGGAUUGUUCUUCAAUGCUGACAUAUGAGGGCGGCAUUAGAGGAAGUAAAAAUGCGGGUGAUGAUGAUGUUUCAUCCAUUUGGUCGAUUCAGGCAAAUGCAAGUAGUGUAGAUGAUGAGGAGGAGGAGGAUGAAUGUGUUGAAGAAGUUGAGGAGGAAUGUGAUGAAGAGGUGGAAGGAGAAGAUGAUGAUGAUGAUGAUGGGGGACUGGUUGAUGAGCUUUGCAGAGGAAUCAGCAAGAUCGGCAUUAAUGGGGCAGCUAAAUUUGCAGGGAAGCAUACACGAUUCGUGUACAAUAGCGACGGUGAGCUUGAAGGCGAGGACAGUGGCGGCGAUGAUGAUCACUGCCGUGGAGUGGUGGCUGCCGCCUCACCCCCGAGUGCUUUGCGGUUGAAGGGCUUGCCAACGCCGAAAGGAAAGCACCUCCGUUUUCCCGAGGAAGAAAACUGAAAUCAACUCCUUAAUCAAGAUGCGUUAGUUGGGAGAAACCCCCUUCCAGUGUUAAAGAUGCGUUAUUAGUUGACUUAAGUGUUGUACCCUGUGAGACAACUAUCCCGGGGUGUCAAUUGUUGUUAGAUGCCGGGCUUGGCAUUAAGAACCUAUGUUUUGUUGUUUGUUUGUUUGUUGUCUGUGACUCCUCUCCCCUCUCUAUGGGGUGUCUACUUUUUGUUACUGCAUACCAUCCUUUUGGUAUAAAUGUUAUAUUUCUUUUUUUUUGCAAGCAUAAAUGUUAUAUUUCUCAAUUCUCAUAUUUCCUCUAUAAUGGUUAAUUGGUUAAUUGUA